AUGUUUUCUAGUACCGCGCUGUUUGGUGGUAAUCCGGGCCAGACGAAUUACACUGCUGCCAACGCGUAUCUGCAGGCGCUGGGGCAAUACAGGCGGAGCAAGGGUCUCGCUGCCUCCAUAAUCCACAUCGGCGCCGUGAUGGGCAUCGGCUACCUGACCCGCAACAGCCGCGAAGCCGAAUUCCUGACCCUCUUUGCCGAGGCAGUCGUAUCCGGCCGCCGGGUCCACGGCGUCGACGGCGUGCACGCCAAGAAGGCCAUUGACAUGUCCGAGACGGAGAUUGGUAGCGGUAUUCCCGCGCUGGAGUCGCGGCACAAGGAGACCAUCAAGUUCUACCAUGACCCGCGAUUCGGGAAUCUGAAGACGCCGGAGAGCAGGGGCGAUGCCGCUGAUGCGGGCGGGAGCAAGAUGGGCGUCAAGGAGAUAGAAGAGAGCCUCUCCGACAAGAUGCGCGGCGUGCUUCAUAUCCCGCCGGAAGAGAGCGUCAACGCGGCCGCUCCCCUCCUGGACCAGGGCAUCGACUCGCUCGGCGCCAUCACCGUCGCUUCAUGGUUCUCUAAACAACUCCUCGUCGACAUCCCCAUUCUGCGCGUCCUCUCCGGCGCGUCCAUCGACGACCUAGCAGCCGAAGGCGCCUCCCGCCUCUCCUUGGCCGCCAUCACGUGCCACCAAACCUCCCGCACGGCCUUCCGCCCCUCGGAAGCCUCCGCCCCCACACCGCAGCUGCACGUCCUCCCCGCCCCGACCUGGGGCCUGCGCGCCGUCUCCGUCGCCUCCCGCGCCGAGGCCGACGCCGCGCUGGCCAAGCUGCAAAAGGAAGCCUACGACCUGGCGAACGGCGAAACCUUCAAAAUCGCCCUCUCCACUUGCUCUACGCCGGCGUUGUCCUCCCCCCCCCCGGCACCGCAGUACACCGACUUCUUCGCGGUCAAACAACGCACCCUCCUCGCCUCGGGGGGCAUGGACGCGUCCAUUGCGUACUGGACGUGUCUCUACAAGCCUCUGCCCGCACCGCUCCUGCUGCUGCCCCUCCCCGGCGCGAAGCGCGCCCGAGGACCCGUGAGCUGGGACCAGCACACCGCCUUGUCCCGCCUGUCUGCCGUGUUUGCGUUUAGAAUCAAAGAGCGCACCAAGAAACUCCGGACGACGCCCAUGACGUUCUAUCUUGCGGCGUACGCCGCGCUGCUUUCGAAUCUGUCCAAGCAGGCGCAGGUAUCCAUUGGCUUAGCCGACACGAACCGCUCGUCCGUGGCGGACUUGUCCACCAUGGGGUACUUUGCCAAUCUGCUGCCCUUGCGCCUCCACGCCUCCUCCGAUUCCUUUACCGCCACCAUCGAAUCCGCCAAGGGGGCGGUACGGCAGGCCAUGGCGCACUCGGUCGUGCCGCACGACGUGAUCGCGGCCCGUCUAGGACUGGACGAUACGGUCGUCUUACCAUGGGCGAUGACGUGCGCGCCGCUAUUCCAGGCGGUCUUUGAUUACCGCCAGGGGGCGGCCGAGUCUGGGGCCGUGGGCGGUGCGCGGAUCGUUGAGGUAGUGGCGAGCUGGGAGCGCACGCCGUAUGAUGUUCUGGUGGAGAUGAGUGAUGAUCCGACGAGGGAUCCGCUUGUGACUGCCAAGUUAUAG